GAUUCGCAGUUGCACACCCUGUGUGUUUAUUACGAGCCUUGAAGUGGCACAUGGAAGCGAUACAGUAAAAUAUGGGGAAACCUACUGGCUUUGACAGCACACGCACCGGAGGAACUCUGGAGAGCUGAAGACAGGUCAGGAGAGCAGAGACUGAGAUGGAAGAGCUGUCAAGCCCAAACAGACGCCAGUAAGCUUGUGGAUUCAGUGAUUUACACGCGAUGGCAGCGUCUAGUAACUCCAGUCUGUCGGGUUCCUCCGUCUCUUCGGAUCCUGAAGAUUAUCAGCCACCGAUAUGGAAAUCCUACUUGUACCAAUUACAACAAGAAGCGUCAAGACCAAAGAGGAUCACAUGUCCUCAGGAGAUGGAAAGCAGACCCAAAUACUAUGGUAGAGAGUUCCAUGGUCUGAUUUCCAGAGAGCGUGCAGAUGAACUGCUGGCGGGGACAGAAGGUGCUUAUCUCAUCAGAGAGAGCCAGAGACAACCAGGAACUUAUACACUUGCUUUGAGAUUUGGUGGCCAGACUCUGAAUUACCGACUGUUUUAUGAUGGAAAGCACUUUGUGGGAGAAAAACGUUUCGAGUCGGUUCAUGAUCUGGUUACAGACGGUCUCAUCACUCUCUAUAUUGAGACCAAGGCAGCAGAGUACAUUGCCAAGAUGACCACAAACCCCAUCUACCAGCACCUGGGCUAUACUUCUCUUCUGAGGGACAAAAUCACUCACCGACUCAACCGAACCCGCUCUGAGCCCAAAAAAGUGACUUUCCAACAGAAUGACAAGAUCACCCCGCCACCACUGAGUAGACGCACCACACUCAAGGAUGGACCAGAGAAACACUGCAACUACGAGAAGAUUCACAACUUUAAGGUGCACACCUUCAGAGGGCCGCACUGGUGUGAAUACUGUGCUAACUUUAUGUGGGGUCUUAUCGCCCAGGGCGUCCGUUGUUCAGACUGCGGGCUGAACGUGCACAAACAGUGCUCCAAACUAGUGCCCAGCGACUGUCAGCCAGACCUGCGCAGGAUCAAGAAGGUCUUCAGUUGUGAUCUCACCACGCUGGUCAAAGCCCACAACACGCCGCGGCCGAUGGUUCUGGACAUGUGUAUCAAAGAGAUCGAGCACAGAGGUUUGAAAUCAGAGGGUCUGUACAGAGUGUCAGGCUUCACAGACCACAUAGAAGAUGUCCGGCUGGCCUUCGAUAGAGAUGGCGAGAAGGCGGACAUCAGUGCCAAUACCUACUCAGACAUCAAUAUAAUCGCUGGAGCUCUGAAGCUUUAUUUGCGAGAUCUGCCCAUUCCAGUUAUCACAUAUAACGUCUACUCCAAAUUCAUCCAGGCAGCCAAAAUAACAGAUCCUGACUCCAGACUCGAGGCAGUUCAUGAUGGUCUCCUCCAACUUCCUCCAGCCCACUAUGAGGCCCUGCGGUACCUGAUGACACACCUGAAGAGGGUCACCAUGUACGAGAAGGACAAUUACAUGAACUCAGAGAACCUAGGGAUCGUUUUCGGCCCGACGCUCAUGAGACCCCCGGACCAGAACACGCUCGCCACUCUCAACGAUAUGAGAUACCAGAAACUGAUUGUUCAGCUCCUGAUAGAGCAUGAAGACAUCUUGUUUUAAACAUCUGAAAUGAAGACAUCUUUUAAAGACUGGCCUGCCACACAUUUCAAAGAUAUGUUUUCCCAUCAGAUUUUGCAUAUGAAAUUUGGAACUAAUUGCACAUUUCACUCAAUGUGUUUCAAACCCCCUCACUAUGGAAAUUUUAAAAACUAAAAAAAGGCAAUUGCGAAUUUUAUCUCACAAUUCUGACUUUUGUCAUUUUUUUCUGACUUU